UUGACCGACGUGUUUUUUUAUAUGAUUGUUUCUUGACUGUGAACUAUGACCGUGGUAAGAUAGCUGGUGUUCGGUUUUUCUUUCUUGUUGUUUUCAACUUUUCGUGACAUUCGAGAGUAAUUAACAAAAUACAACGCGGAUUAUAAACAAUAGUGACCACUUCAUUUUGAAAUGGCUGUUGAUUUAACAACGGGUUCAUAUGAUGAGGAGGGAAUAUUCAGUAAACAUGGUGACGUUUCUAAGAUAUCUGAUGCAUCGAGCGACAAUGGCAAUUUUUGUUCCUUAAGAAAUUUUCGCUUACUGAGAAUUAUUAAGGAAUGCCCUGAAAACAAAUGUCUUAUUGUCGAAGGUCAUUUUUCUGGUGAUGAUAAACCAGUUAUAGUUGUGGUUGAAAAAAUGCCAUUUGAUGCCAGGGACAUACCAAAAUUACUGUCUCCACAAUCCCGACUGGAGCUUAAAUUUAGAAACAACAUCUACGCAAAUUAUGCAGUAUUUCCCCAAAAUGGAUUCAAUGGGAUCAACAUAAAAGUGAUAUAUCCUGCUUGUGAUGAAGAUUUUGAAAAGUAUGUUGACCAACCCCUUGUAAUGGUACAAGAAACUGUUGAUUUUUUCAGAUCAACUGUUGAACCUUACUUUGAAAAUUUAUCAAGAAGACAGAAUUACAAUAACAUGGUCAGCAGUCCUGAUUUCAAAGAGAAAAUUUUGUAUACAGACUCAGAUGCAGAAGUUGGUUUUAUACUUUUUGAAGAGAAGGUGGAAAAUUGUUCCUGUUCUACAAAGCAUAUAAAGGCUGUGUCAGUCUUAAAGAAAAAAGAAGUUUUAAGCCUAAGAGAUCUUUCCCAUGAUGAUAUCCCUUUACUUCAAAACAUGCAAGAAAAAUGUUUG